CGGAAAGAGAAAGAAUACUGUUUUAAAAAAAGAAUACUGGUCAACAUGGAAAUUAAAAAAAAAAAAAGCCAACAGUUUGCAUUAAUUAAUAUUUUAGAGCAUUAAAAAGAGAACUAGUGGCCUCAUGUAGAGCAUUGAUAAGUUCGGAAGAAAUGUUUCGGAACAUUUAGCAUUUCCCGACUGGGCAGCAAUACACUCGCUCUCCCAUUGAAUUGAAACAUUCCUUCACUCUCCUACAAAAAGGCAUCAGCUAGCCUUUACUUUCUCUCCUUCUCUCAUCCAUAAAUUCUCCUAUCACCCACCUUCAACCUUACAAAAUAAUCCAGACUCUCAUGGCUUAUAGUAUAUCAGAAUCACCUUCACCAAGAGUAACAAUUGCAUGGUUGACAUCUCUUCGGAUUACAUACACAUCUGUUCCAUAUUUUGCAGAAUACUUAUAAAAAAAAAUUCAAAAACAAGAUUAUCAGGGGGCUUGGCCAUUCUUCAGGUCAAUGAAGAAGUGGAGCGUGCUUUGGCGAAAUUGGGGCAUGUUGACUGUAAGGUAAAAGAAUGGCUUCGAAGCUUUGGAAUAUUUGAUCAAAAGGUGAUGGUGCUGAUGAGGAAUCUGAAGAUGGAGUUGUACAUUUACAUCAUGAAGACAGUGUUAAAAACAUGUAUUUUGAGCUGCAUUGGCUGCGCCCUUUUGUGGGUAUCCUUUCAAGCACAUAGCUAUUAUUGGGAUAGUUGUAUUGACUCCCUUGCAGCUGGUAAGGUUUGAAUUAAUUCAUUUAAAAUUGCAGGGGAAUCCUUGCAGCAACUGAAGUCUUCCCAAACCAUGUAUUGGUUGGGGUAAUUCCUAAAACUGUCAGUG